AUGAAGUAUUCUCCUAUUAUCGUCGUCAAUCUUCUACUAUUAACUGUAGCCAAUUUCGUAGUAGCGCCGUGUAAAGUCGAUAUGAAGCUCACAGCCUGUGACAAGGGUCCCUGCGGUCAGAAUGCAUAUUGCGACUUCAAUGGGGUGUCGUAUGAAUGUCUUUGCGAAGAUGGACAUGAUGGUGAUCCCCACAAUAUUCGGAUUGGAUGUACACCAAACAGUGAGUAA